CGCCGCCUUAGAUCGCCCGAGCCGGGCGAAUCUCGUCGUGCAGCACCAAUUUUCUGCCUCCUGGGGCGAGUAGGCCGAUCACCAUGGAUAUCGGCAAGCGGAUGAUGGAGAAGUGGGGCUGGGCCAAGGGCCAAGGCCUGGGCAAGGACAACCGGGGCAUGACCAGCUGCCUGGUGCUGCGGAAGGAUUCGGGCAGCACCACCCAGGGCCGCAUCGAGAGCGUGGCGCCCACAGAGGAGCCAGCGCUCAUUCAAGAGGCAGCGAGCCUCGCGGCGCAGUCUUUGCUCAGCUCCCUUGGAGCAGAGCUGGGCGUGGCCAUGCCGGAUCCGCCGCCGCCCGCCCAGCCGCCGCUGCCUCGGGAGCAGCCGCCCCCGGAGCCGCCAGCGGAGCAGCCGCGGAAGCGGAAGACUCGCUGGGAUGACGGCGAAGCCGCCGUGGAUGCCGCCAUCGCAGCUGCUGCAGCCGCAGCGCAGAUGCAGCUGGUCCCGCAAGGUUCCAUACCUGUGGCGCCAAGCCGGGAGCCCAUGUUCCUGGGGGCGCCCCCUGCCGCGCCCACCAGCAACCCCAACUUCGGCGUGAACGCCUCCAGCACGCAGAAGCCGCGGAUUCCGUACAUGUGGCCCAAGCACAUGGACGACUGGCGAUGGAGCAAAGGAUUUGAGGCGACCUAUUGCUUCGAGGAGGUGGGCUUGCCACACGCGAUGCUGGAGGUGGCGCGAAGGAUCCUGGGCCAGGGCUCCCGCUUCCCCACGCGGGUGGCGGACGCCAGCGACUGCAACGUGGAAGUCACCGCCUGGGGUUCCUUGCUGGUCCGGCCAAAGGGCACCGGAGGUGACAUCGAGAAGGCGAAGAAGAUGCUCUUCGAGGUGCUGCACCCUGCGGCGGAGGCGCUGCGAUCGGAGGCGUUCAUGGUGGAGAAGGACGCGCCGGACAGCAACCCCGACGCUGAGGCGGUGGGCCCUCGCGGUCUAGUGGCUGAGGACAAGGACAAGGAGCUUCUGGCGAACCAGAAGAAGCGGCGGAUCGGUCUGGGGGCAGCGGAAGGCGAGGGCGAGGUGGACAUGUCCCCGCUGGACUCUGUGGUGGUGCCUUUGGCCACCAUGGAGGACAUGAUGUGCAUACAGAAGCACAUCAACGACCUGCAGAUUGCCACAGGCGUGUCCCCGCUGCUCCGGGACUUCUCGCUGCACCUCCACGGCGCCCAGAAGAAGUUGCUCCGCGCGCAGCAGCUGGUGCAGACUCUCCUGGAGACGGGGGAGUGGGUCGCCUUCUCCGAAGCCUUUGUGCUGUCGGAGGAGACCAAGCAGAAGCGCCGCGCCGGGGACGGGCCGUCCACACAGCUGCUCAUCAAGCUGCAGGAAUCUGCCGCCAUCAAGGUCCUGGAGAAGCAUCUGACUUCCAUGGAGCUUGCCGCGGAGGCCGACCAGCUGAAGCUCACCUCCAAGCCGGUGGCGGGCAAGCGCACGCUGAUGGUGGAGGGGCCGCCCAAGGCCCACGAGCGCGUGAAGCUCAUGGUGAAGGAACUCCUGGAGAAAGGUGCGUCGCCGAUGCUCACCAAGUUCCUGAACGGCUCCAAGGCCGGCACCGGACGUCACAACAUGGCACAGGACUGGGGCCCUUCCACCUCCCUACACGGGGUGGCGCCGCCGGCCAUCUCCGUGAGCAGUUCUGUGGCGCCCGGCGUCAUCGCCGCGCCUCCGGUCUUGGCAAAGCCACCGGAAGUGAAGGCGGAGGUGAAGGCGGAAGUCAAGGCGGAGGUGAAGGAGGAGGUGAAGGUGAAGGAGGAGGUCAAAGUCAAGGAGGAGGUGAAGGAAGAGCCGCUUUCGGACGAGGAGGGGCCCAAGAAGGAGUUGCCCAAGAAGGAGUUGCCCAAGCUGGCGGCCAACUUCCGGUUGCUGGCGGCCCCCAAGAGGAUGAAGGCGGCCAAGGGAAAGGCGAAACCGCCCACCGAGGCAGUCACCGUGGAGGACCUCUUUGCUGGGCUACCCCUGCCCGAGGAAGCAUCCGCGGCAUCCGCGCCUGCGCCGCUGGUGGAUGCUUUCUGCGAUGGCAUCACAGAGCGCCAGAUGCAGCAGUGCCGGGGAGAGCGGGGCCGCCAUGGCGACGAGAGGUUUCCUCCUCCCCACUUCCCAGAACCUUACAAAGGCGAGGCCGAAGAUCGACCUGCAGAAGAUGUGGAGGCCUCGGCUGAAGGCUUGGCGCCAGUCGCUUCCCCCAAGGGGAUGGAGCGGGUGCGUAUGGAGCAGAUCAGCGCAGGACCCGUAGACUUUGUGGCCAGGUGUGUACAGGGCCUCUUCGCCGGGCGCUUCAUUUACAUCAACCGGACGCCACAAGGGGAGCUCUUCGGCAGCGACCGCAACAGCAAUGCUGUCACGAUGUACAUCGAGAAUGCGGGGCUGUCACCAAGCCAUGCGGAGAUCAAGUUCAACGGGCAAACGUGUCAGUACUUCCUCCGGGAUGCUGGAAGCACGGACGGGACCUGGGUGCGAAUCAGAUGGAACCGAUCCGUGGAGAUCGGCCCGGGCCAAGAGAUCAGGAUCGGGGACUCUUUGAUCGAAGUGCGGCAAGGGAAGGAGAUCACAGAAGCUGAGGAGGUGGAGCAGUGGCUUUCGACCUACCAGCUUCAACGCUUCGCGCCGCUGCUCAGCGAGAAAGGCUUCGGGAGCCUCAGCUCGGUGCGGCAGCGCCUGCUGCAGGAGCUGCAGUCGAUGCUCAGCGCUGAGCUCUCCAACGAGGACUACCAGUCCAUCGAGAUGGCUGCCAAGGAGCUCGAUAGGACCGGAACCACCGCGCUCGGCGGUAACUUCGAAUCCUAG